GCGUAGGGCGGGAGACAGGGACGGUAGUACUGCCUUCAACUUUGUGGGAUUGACACCAGCCAACACUCACUCGUCUUGUAGUGGCAAAACAUCACUCUCAGGUGCAAGUUUUGUGUAAGACAUACAAGUGAAAGAAAAACAAAACCCGUGCUAAGCAAUCAUGUCUGGCAUUGAGCAAAUGGAAGUGGUAGCCGCCAGUGGCAGAACCUUCACUGUCCACGUUCAGGGUGACCUGUCCAAGACAGACUCCCGGGCCGUCUUCCUCACCGUACAUGACAUGGGCAGCAACCACUCGUCAUGGGUGGAGUUCGUGGCUCACCCGGUGAUGAAAGAGACGAAGGAUCGCUCUGUCUUCAUACACGUGGACAUCCCGGGCCAGGAGGACGGGGCCAAGGACCUGCCUAACGACUUUGUGUUCCCGACCAUGCAGAUGAUUGCCGAGGAUUUGAUUGCCGUGGUGGACCACCUCAAAGUGAAGUUGGUCAUCGGUCUAGGUGAGGGCGCCGGGGCCAACAUUUUGGCUCGCUUUGGCAUGGCCUAUCCAGACCGCUGUAUGGGUCUUGUGCUCAUCCACUGCACUUCCACUACUGCUGGUGUUAUGGAGCAUUUUAAGGACAAGAUCAUCUCAUGGAAGCUAAACAACGUGGGCAUGCACCCCACCGCUGAGCAGUACCUCAUCUUCCAUAAAUUUGGACACCGCUUGAUUGAGCAACUGGACUCAGCAGAGAAUAAGGAGCGCCUGAUCAAGGAAUAUCAGGAUCGUCUCCAGAGCAAGAUCAACCCCAAGAAUCUUCGCAAAUAUGUGGAGGCUUUCCUCAAGCGGUCUGAUCUCUCUGGUAAGCUCGAAUCAAAGUUGAGUGUAGAGACUUUACUGGUGACUGGAGCUAAGGCUUCUCAUGUCCACACAGUCCACACUAUGCACCAGAGCUGCAACAAGCAGAAGGCUUCACUCCUCAAGAUUGAUGAUGUUGGGGAUGUCCUUGCUGAAUGUCCUGAGAAGUUUGCUCAGUCUUUGCAGUUGUUCAGUAAGGGUCUUGGUGUGUUGACCUCACUGCCUCUCAGUGGUGUGGAUCGCCAGCGAACUUUCAGUGGCUCAUCAACUGACGAAGAGGCCCGUCCUCGUCGCCAGCGAACAAUGAGCAUGGAAGAAUAUGAUACGCCUAACCUCCGACGCUUCUCCUUCUCCAACACCCAAGCAGCCGCCAACUAAGUUUCACUUCACCAUCAGACCAUGCAGCAGAUAUAGCUAGUCUAUUGUUGCAUUCAACACUUGUGUACAGAUGGUCAUGGCUAAAUAUUCAUGAAUUUAUAUUGAUUGAAGUUAUGAUCUUGCAGCUCUGUGUAUAUAAAACAUCUCAUCCAGUUAUCAAAAAAAUCACCAAACAUCUGAAAUCUCAAGGCUCAAAUGUUACACUGUGAAACACCAUCUUGUUUUGAGAAUACAGCGAGGCCUUUUAUUUACCACCACAAAUGGUCAACCCAAGCACCCAUAUUUCCUCUUUCACUGCUGCAUUAAAGUUUUUUUCAUUUAUCACCCAAUUGUUGCUUUUUUCUUUUGAACUUGAAAAGUGCUGGGAUGACCAUCAGAGUGGAGGUGUAUGUUUUGCUUGGUGUGUCACAACAGGGGCCCAUGGAGGAAGACACGGUUUUCAUACUGUUCACUUUGGGUUUUAGAAUGGCCAAUGGUGAUGAAUCCAAAUGAUAUACUGUAUAUGCUGCCAGUACCACUUCCCAGGGAUCACCAUGGCUGGGGUAGUGUAUUGUCUUGUUUUUAUUAGUAGUGAGAGAUGUACAAGUUAUCCAAAUCAGCUUGUUGCAGUCAAUUAGUUACUCAGUGUUUUGCACUCUGCUUUACAUACAGUAUAAGAACAUGAGCUUCUAGAGAAAGUGUUAAUGAUGAACCUCUAAAGCUCAAUUAGGCUCUGAUGGUUAUUGUGUGUACAGUAUAUAAAAUUAUGAUGGUAAUAUUAUUAUGGAUGCAUUUGGUAUCAAGAAAGAGCACAUACAUCACUUGUUUGAAGAAUUGGUUUUAAUGCCUUUCACUCCUGCUGGUGAUGGAAGGUGCUGAAGGUGAUGACUAUAUCAUCUGUUGUUCUCAUCGCUUCAUUGUCACUCGCCAUUUUAACUAAUGUUUGCUAUGAAUGUGAUAAUGCCAGCAGGAGUAAACUUGGUAGUUCAUAAAUGUGUUGCUCAUAGCUCAAGUGAAUGCAAUAUAUAUAUAUAUAUAUAUAUAUAUUUAAAAUGGUGGUCAGAUAUUAAUCAAAAGGGACAGUGAAGUAAUAUUCCCUCUGUAAAUCAUUGAUUUGAUACUGUACAUUGUUUAGGGUUUGUGUUGCAAAUCUACAGCCCUUUAUAAAUCAUAGUACAAUAGAGGCACCCAGCAACAUGAGGAUACAGUGUUUGUUUAGAUACAAUAGUCUGAUAAUGUGCAGGUCAAUUAUAAUUUUUUUUACUACACAUAUUUCUAGAUAGCACAUUAUAAUGUAACUUCAGGAUUACCGUACAUGUUUUGCCUUUUGAUUGCAUUAGCAGAUGGUUUGCACCUGCUGGUAUUGUCACUUAAGAGUAUUUCAGAAAGCUGAUUGAGGCAGUGCAAGACCAAUACAACUGCCAACCUGUUGAUACAUUUAUGAUUGUUAUUGAGUACUUGCUAGUGUGUUGACUGUAUGACACUCAUUGGUAUUGUUGUUGAUAAUAUUCACAAUAUGACACUGUCACAUAUUGUGGUAAACAUAAAUCCUUUGGAGAAUAUAAAUUAAAGAUCUGAUGUGUGUCAGCAGGUGUCUUAUCAACUGGCUUCUGAUAUGGGAUAGACGCAGUAGAGAAUAUUUGCUCAUCUGUUUAUUUGGAAACCGUGCAGAGAUUAAUGAUUUAUUCCAGAAGUUAUUAAAUUUUUGUCUAAAAACAAAACAAAAAGACUUUCCUUUGUUUUGCUUGUUUAAUAAAUUGCAACUCUGUUAUUUCUCAGUUUCUACAUGGACAGAAUGCUGUAUAUUAGUAACAAGACAAAAAAAAUAGCUGUUUUAGAUUUGGUUUCACACGUGCAGUAUAAACACUUCUACACUUAACACUAUGUGAAUCUCAGGUUUAACAACUGGUUUGCCUAAGCUUGAAGAUUCAGAAAGUCUACCUAUGAUUUAAUGUUGCAUAUCAGUCAUUUUUUCUCUGAGACAACUUGAUCAUCAGGUCAAAACUGACAUUCAUCAGAAAACAGAAAUUUGCUUCUUUACUGUGGUUAUGGAUUCUUUUAGUUUUUGUUAAGUUGUUUUGUUUACUGGACAAGUCAUUAUUAUGAAGGGAAUGAUACAGUGAUAUUUACCGUAAUGUGUUUUGAAAGAAAAUGUACAAUAAUCACGUGUAAUACAUAUUAAUACAGUAUUUUUAUUAAAGUUUA